AUGACCAAAGGAUUGCCAAUUUCACAUAAUUUCACAGUGGUGUUAGUAGUAAUUGAUCAACUCUUCGAAUAUGCACAGCACACGUUCUACUGCUUAAAGGUAGUGAAGGAUCCAAAUUCUUUGAAAAGAGGCCCGGGAGUGAAGGAGGAUGGAGUAUUGGUAUCUGAAAAGGCCACUGUAAUUGGUGAAACUGUUUUUGACAUAUCUGGUGGUCGCAGGGCCUUCGUUGACACAGAGGAAGCUGCAGAACUGUUGGAGCCAUUGAGGGCACCAAGCUCUUAUACUAAGAUAUGUUUCAGUAACAAGUUUGGCUUGGAAGCUGCUCAAGUUGCUGAACCCAUCCUACUGUCAAUUAAGGAUCAAUUGAAGGAAGUAGACUGGUCGGAUUUUAUUGCUGGCAGGCCUGAAGCAGAAGCUCUUGAAGUGAUGACUAUAUUCUCUUGUGCACUGGAAGGUUGUGUUUUAAGGUAUCUUAACCUGUCAAAUAAUGCCACAGGUGAAAAGGGAGUUAGAGCAUUUCAGUCCCUCCUAAAAUCACAAAAUAACUUGGAGUAGCUUUAUUUAAUGAAUGAUGGUAUAUCAGAGGAAACUGCAAAAGCAGUAUCUGAAUUGAUUCCUUCAACUGAGAAACUCAGGGUUCUUCAUUUUCAUAAUAACAUGACUGGAGAUGAAGGGACAAUUGCUAUUUCUGAAAUUGUGAAACAAUGCAGCUGUUCAUCUACCAGGGUAGGUUCUGAUGGUGGAGUUGUCCUGGCUGAAGCACUUGGAACUUGUAAACACUUGAAGAAGCUUGACUUGUGUGACAACAUGUUUGGUGUGGAUGAUGGUGCAGAAUCCCCUGCAAAUGCACUCAAGGAAUCUGCACCAUCACUGGAAGUUUUGGAUAUGGCUGGAAAUGACAUUACUGCAAAUGUUGCUUCAUCUUUAGUGGCAUGUGUAUCAUCAAAACAGUUCCUUGCCAAGUUGAAUUUGUCUGAGAAUGAACUGAAGGAUGAAGGUGCAAUUUUGAUCGGCAAGGCAUUGGAAGAGGGUCAUGGCCAAUUACUUGAAGUUGAUUUGAGCACAAAUUCAAUUACUAGGUCCAGAGCUAGGGCUUUGGCUGAAGCUGUUGUGCAAAAACCUGGAUUUAAGUUGCUAAACAUUAAUGCUAAUUUCAUAUCUGAUGAAGGGAUAGAGGAGUUGAAGGAUAUGUUUAAAAAUUCACUUGAUAUGCUGGGUGCUUUGGAUGAGAAUGAUCCUGAAGGAGAAGACAUUGAUGAGGAGGCUGAAGAAGAUGCUGACCGCGAUGAAUUGGAAUCAAAACUGAAGGGCCUUGAGAUUUAGGAAGAUUUAUACGACAUAAGCAUCCAACUUUUAUAUUAAAUUGAUUGUAGGUCAUGAUCUGUUGUAUCUUAGACUUUGAAUUACAUGUCUUGAAAUUUUUAAAGCUUAC